CAAAAAGAAUGCUUAUUGUGCAAGGCAUAUUGCAAUUGCCUGUUCUGGUGUUCUAUGCGGCUUUGUGUAUUACUGAAAAUGAGGUCUGGGACAUCUGGACCGUUUGCUAUUUCGGAAUUGAGUUGCUGUGCCUCAUCAUCUUUACUCUCAUGCUGUACUUCAAGCGAAACGAUUUGAAGAAGUAUCAGUUGGAGGAGAAUAUGGUGAUGUUAGUAUUCGCCUUCAUUCUGACUAUUUAUAUCUUAAGUGACAACAUCCGCUGGUAUAUCAUUCCGGAGGAUGUGGGUACUGGAUAUGGGGCAACUGUCGGCUGGGAAUUGACGGAUCUACUCACCAUGCUGUCCUACGCGAUCAUCUCGGUAGGCAUAUGGUAUAGACACAUAUCCAUCAUGUGGAAUCGCAACUUCAAUCAGAAAGGGGCCGCAUACCCUGAAAACGGCAAUUUGACAGCACUGCAAGAGGCGUCUGCGGUAGACUUUGGAAGCGCCGCACAGAUAGUAGGUACGUUACCCACAACGAUGGCCCAAGUUGAUUGCAAUCCCAAGGAGAAGGAGAAUGUCUAUAACACGGCUGAAAUCGCUGGGUCUGCCGAUGAUGUAAAUGACCUGUCGAUCGACCCUAUAGAGGAGCAUACUUUGGCGUAUAUUCCUGCCGCUAACGACAUAGUAGACGAGAUCCUGCGCCUCCAGCAGGUUAAUAAGGACUUACAUGCUAAGCUGCUGUUAUUGACGGGCGAAUACUCUAACGCAAAUGUAGAUCACAUAAAUGAUAUCUUAGCAAAAACAAAUGCUAGGCUAAGUAGUAGAAAGUCUGGCGCUUUGGCUGAUAUCGGCGAGAGUAGGUCACUACAGAAGCUUACGAUGGAGCAUGUGGUGCUUAUGAAUGCGUUACGACGGGUUGGAAAUCCGCAUAUUAAGGAAAAGGCAGAUCCGUUUUUAGAAUAAGGUCAAACACGACAGUAUAGAUGAUCAAUUUAGUAGACAAUAAUUUAGAAAGCAUGGCCGACUGUAACGGCG